AUGGUGGUGCCGUACUACAACGGCCUCAUCGACGCCAUGGAGGCCAAACUGGCAAAGGGGCCCUCGGCGCUGCUGAAGCCUUUAGUCAAAAAGGCGCUGAAAAUCCUGAAGAAGUAUGCGUACAUCAGCAGCAACAAGGGCUGGAUCGCCACCUUCCUGGAUCCUUCCAUGAAGGCGGCGUGGUUCGACGACCCCCACUGGGAGACGCAGCAUUCAGAGACGGAGCGUAGGGAUAGGCCGCGCCCACCGUCAAGCGUGGUGAUCGCUUUGAGGAUCGGUGAAGGCCGCCGCACGAAAGGGGUCGCAGCUCUGGAGAUCGCUAUUGAGGGCGAGGGUGCGGAGGAGGAGGAGGAGGAGGAGGAGGAGGAGGAGGAGGAGGAGGAGGAGGAGGAGGAGGAGGUGGAGGUAGAGGAGGAGGAGGAGGAGGAGGAGGAGGAGGAGGAGGAGGAGGAGGCGGAGGAGGAGGUGGAGGGGGAGGCAGCGGAGGAGGUGUUUGAGGACGCGGCGGAGGGGAGAGGGGCGGACGCAGCAGCGGGAGGUGGCGAGGAUGGUGGCUUUGGAGGCGGGGCUGGGACUGGGAUGUAG